AUGAGUACCAGCUAUUCCAAGCUAUCUCGUGAUGUUACCAACCCGGUUGGACCAAACCGGAUCGAUUUUGACGAAGCAACUUGGGCCUUGCUGGUGCAAGCGCAUAUACCCGAAGACCCUGCCGUACGGUUGUUUCCCUCAGACCGCAGUGUGAACACUUCCAACGACGUGGCUCUCGUCAACUAUCUUUACGACGCCUUGACCGUCGUCAGCUCUGGAGAACGUCAUAACGGUGCAGCUCGCAAAGCCAUCAGUCAACUCUUGGUGAGGCUGGUACAGCAAACCAACGUCCUUCCCUCGAAGCUCUUUGUCGCGGGCGUUCAACUGCAUUCACGGGACCCCGUCAACGCCGGAGGUUUUGCGGAUAUAUUGCGAGGGUCGUAUUACGGACAAGAGGUCGCGUUGAAACGUUUCCGCAUCUAUGCUCAUUCCCAAGAACGCUCAGCCAUCCACAAGAGACUCUGCCGCGAGGUUCUCCUUUGGCAAGCCUUGGAUCAUCCCAAUGUAUUGCCAUUUAUAGGUGUCGAUGCGUCAACCUUUGAUUUCAUGAUCUGCGCAGUCUCGCCCUGGAUGCAUGGCGGAAGUUUGCUGGAUUACAGAACUCGAAUGAAUCCCAGUCCUUUGGACAUCAACACGUUGCUGUUGCAAGCUGCGCUCGGCAUGGACUACCUGCACUGUUUGUCUGUAGUCCACGGGGACCUUCGAUGUGGCAUACAGUCCAACAUCCUCGUAGACCGCAAAGGCCACGCUAAGCUCGCCGAUUUCGGCCUGUCAGUGAUCAUGGCUGGCGAAAAAGUCACACCCACCACGAGUAACGGCUCCUAUCGCUGGAACGCCCCCGAACUGCUCGCUACAGGCGAUGUUCACAGGACUCUUCAUAGUGACGUUUACGCAUUUGGUUGCGUCUGCCUGGAGGCGCAUACCGGAUUGCCCCCAUUUGCGGAGAUCCGUAAUGAAUACAACGUUGUAGCUCGGGUGAUGGCGGGAGCCCGACCUCAUAGGCCGAAGUCCAUUCGUGGCCGCCCUAUCUCCAAACUCCUUUGGACCCUAGUGGAGCGUUGCUGGGAUAUCGUACCCGACGUCCGACCGACCUCGCGUAAUGUCGUCGAAGAGUUGCGGUGUAUAUCAGCCCCCAGCGUACAGCUCCCAAUCGAGGUUCCGGUACCGACCCAUUCUCUGGUCGUGUCCUCCUCCGGCUCCUCUGCCGUUCGCCCAACCUUUGUCGCAAUCGUAUCCGCUCUGCAACACCGCCUCAAGCAGUUGGACGGCGUCAACGAAGCUGUCGCUGUGCAUCGCUUUAUAUCCCAAAUGCAACUCAACGGCCCUCACCACGUAGACACGUCCUUCGAUGAGUUGGCCACGAUCAUUGCAGAGUUCUCCGGACGGCUUCGCAGUUUACGUUCAUGCGACGUCACCCGCGAGACGUUGGACGCCGUCAUUGCGCUCCUUCGGGACAUGCUGCACCACUACACGAACAUGAACAAAAACAAGGCUCCUAUCGUCCACGAGCUCGGUCUUUGCCUCAAAAACCGCUAUGAGCGUCUCCUCCGGCGUCAAAACUUGGACGAAGCUAUCGUUUGCCUCCGAGCUGCGCUGAAACUACACGCUCUCCACGAUCCCCAUUCGGACGAUACGCUGGUGGACCUUGCAGAUACGCUAUGGCUGCGCUACGGUCAUCGCAACUCCCCGAUAGAUCUCGACGAGUGCAUCGCGUAUUACCGGAUCGCCGUCGCUGGCGAACCCGCGUAUAAUCGUAAGCAGGCCAGCUUGCAUACGCGCCUCGCCGAUGCCUAUCGGGAGCGUCACAAACGGUACGGCGACGUCAAAGCCCUGAAACAAGCGAUCCUCCACUACACCCAUGCCGCCGCGUGCGGCGAGACCUCAGCUGACGUGAUCGAGAAAUCCGGCCUCGUGCUCCAGCUCGCUUCAUCCCUCAGAAAGUCCUUCAAGCGUGUGGGGAACGUUGCGGACCUGGAUGAAGCAUUGGCGUACUUCCGAGUGCUGGUUGGUUUGGGAAGCGAAAGGCGUCCGGAUUGCGCGCGUUCCUUCCAUGACCUGGUGUUUUGUCUCUCGCGGCGAGGUCUGCGGGAUGGCGAUCCAACAGCGCUCAAGCUUGCCGCCCUUUUCGACUUCCCAAGCCCAGCCGGUGAUGAGCCACGUGGGCCGGGACGUGAUUUGGCCUGAACGAUUCAUACAACUGUUCUACUCAGCGAAACAAGCUUGUGCUUAGAGAUCACGAGAACCACACAUCUGCUUGCUCUCUAUUUGGCCAUCGUUCAUGGUUUAAUGACUGGAAAUGUCAACGAGCACGAGCCUCGAGCGGCGCGCUGAACGGUGCCGGAGAGCCAAGGCAGCGUACGCUACAUCCUGCUCCGCAAUUGAAUGACGCAUUCGUCCGGAACGGAACGUAUUGAAGAAGGUCCAGAAGGUCGAAACCUUGAUCAACGAGUGCUCAUUGCUCUCUCUCCC